GAAAGAAACACUCGAUUUCACACACUCUAUUUCUACUACACUAGGAUGUGUGAAUCAUUCCUACUUAACUGAAAAACAAGCAUAACCCCUCACUCACAUUUUAAACAUGUUUCUUAAAUUUCACUGUAAAGUAUCUGAUAAAAACAGGAUCAACAAAGCAAUAUUUCAUAACACGUUCUAAUGGAAACAUCAUCCAUUUCCCAAACAAUGUUUUGUUCUUAUUCUCAAAAUGAAAAUGUGGUUCAAUCACAGACGCCUGCCUUCAGACCCCCGAGGAAUACAAUUCACGUCUUUUACAAGUACAACUAGUUUCUGUGUGUUUGCGAGCGCUGUGGGGUUGUUUUGACUCAGUUCCUCGGGCUUCGUUUGCCGGGCCUGGAACGGACGAACCCUGCAAGCAACGCUUGGAGAUCCAGCUUUCCUGCCAAGAUCUCCCCGUGCGUAGUGUCGUGAGAGUCCAAGACAAACUCCCGGGGAGGUCUCCACCCGCGAGGGGGUCAACAGCAGUAGACACAAGCCCCCCCCCCCCCCCCAAUGGUUCGGGGUCGGGGGUUAACUGAAACCUCAUUAUGAGCGGCCCCCACCUGGCUCCACUUCCUGCGUUUGUUCGUCAUUCACCCCAUGCAACGUCUGCGAUCGACCCGUGAACUCCGGGUUGUGAAACAACUGGAACUUUGGAGCUCUCGCUGUUCGUCAUCCUGCACCUUCUCUUUUUUUUUUUUUCUUUCCCCUGACUGUCCCCCUACUUCCCUUUGCCAACACCCCCCCCACAAAAAAAAAAAAAAAAACCUCUCGGCUCCUCCUCCGCUGAAAAGACACAUUUCCUGAUGUCAUUACUAAAUCAAAAUGCUGCUCGGCAAACAGAUGUUGUGUGAGGCCCAGCAUGUGGAUUCGGUGACAUAAAUUAACAAGCUCGGCCGUGAGAAAACAUGCGCCAUACAUUUCACUUUUCACUUAAUCAAUGGAGCCCAGUCUUUCCAGCGCGUUUAGAAGUGGUGAGUGGCGACAGUGAGCAAUGACCUCACAGACGUGGAACAGUCACGAGCUCCUCAGGACAACAAAGAGCAGCGUUUCCCACACUUGUGGUGGAACUAUUAGGGCUUUUUUUUUUUCUCAUGCAUGCGAAUGCGGCGAGCCUUUAAAACAGCUGCUCAACACUGUGCUCCGGCUUCGGUGGAAUUAACCCAGAUAUGAAAAUCGCGGCCGUCUGCGCCGCUCGCCCUGCACAGUCACGAUCGCAGCCGCCCCCGAAAAACGCUAAGCCCUAAAUGUUUACUUAUGUUUCCUAUUUGGCAGAGGCGGCCCAAAAGGCAAAUAAAUCCCAUGCUGUGCGCCGGCCAGGCCCUUCGACUGUGAGAAACUGAGACUAAAAAGCAGAACAAGAGUUAAAGAGUAAGGGUUUUCAGAUGUGAGUCCAGCCCAGCUUGGGUGUGCUCUCUUUUAUUUGGGAGAAUGAAGAGGACAAUCUCUGUUGCCUCCUCCCCUUUAAAAAAGGAAGAAAACCCCAAAGAAACGUGCGCUGGAGAGGGGAAGAGCUCCUGCCAAGGCACAGGGGCUGUCAGACAGAUCUUCGAGGAACAUCUGGUAACCGCGGGUAACACUGUUUGGACAUCUGGUAACCGACGGUUACCCCGCGUCUCCUCCAUCCUGCCGGGUUUCCUGUUAUGCCUCGCCGCGCAGAGCCGAAGAGGUUAAGCUUUAUGGUACACGCUCACCAGUCGGGGGAAGCGCAGCUCCGUUCGUUUUUUCUGACAUGAAGGGAGCGCUUGGUUUCAUUGGGGUAUUCCUCUCCUUCCUCUCCGAACCCACGCGUGGAGUGACGCCGGAGCCAUUCGCCUGCGGGGACGCCACCGACAGAUGCCCAGACAUCUGUGACCUGUGCCAAUCGCUGGGCCAGCCGAGCCUCGACUGCCUGUCCACGCUGAACCAGCACCUGUGCCUGGCCAACUUCGUGGGCGCGAUGGGCUCGCUGCAGAGCGCCGACCGGUGCAGCUGGGGCCUGGUCAAAGUGUCCUACAGCAACUUCAGCCUGUGCACGGAGGAGAUGUCCGACUGCCUCCGGAUCCCGUGGCCCAACUCUCAGGUGGAGCGGCUGUUCGUGGACGUCCACCACGAGUACUUCAGGGACUGCCCCUCGGAGGAGCUGAGCGACCCACCGGAGGCCGUCGUCUUCGCGCUGGCGAUGACCCCCAUCUGCCUGAUCCCCAUCAUGGUCAGCCUCGUGGUGCUCAAGACCAAGAAUGGGGACGGGAGCUCGUGACGACCACCUAACCGCCAUGUAAAUCUAUAGACGGCGCUCCCCCCUUUCGCGCUAAACACAGACUGACGCUGCUCCAUCUCACAGUGACCCUGAACAGGAGCAGAGGUUUCAAGGACGCCAGCAACGGACGAAGGCCGAGAUCCUGCGGGCAAACUCCCUGCGUUUGACUGAGCUGUGACACCACGAACUCAUGCACUGUGCGCCGUUGACGCUUUUCAAUGAACGACUGCGACAAGACCCGUGUUGAACACGACGAUGUCCGC